AUGUUUCCCAGGGAAAUAGUUUAUUUAUUUUUAAUUUCGUGCUGUGUAUCGGAAAUAGUUGCUGUAUUUGGUGGAUCUGUCGUACUAGGAAAAAUCGGAACAAAUAGAAUAGAGGAUGUUAAACUAAGAUUUUAUAAUGGAAAAACAGCAGAACAGCAUGUUGACAUUCCUCUCAGUCAGUCGCAGCAGUUACUCCAAGUCCAGGGUUUUAACCAGAACAACCCCACUGUUUUCUACAUUCAUGGAUAUGUUGAACUUCCUGAACAGGAAAGUAUAAAGGUUAUCGUAAACGCCUACUUGCAAGCAAGGCCGGGUACGAACGUUAUAUUACUAGACUGGUCGGAAAUGGCACAAGGGUCUUAUACCCUCAAUGCUGUAUGGAACGCCAAAAGGGUUGGACCUGCUGCAGCAGAACAGUUGAAUAAACUGAUAGACUUAGGACUUCCUUUAGAAAAGUUACACAUCAUUGGCUUUUCAUUAGGCUCCCAAGUGGCAGGGUACACUGCAAGGGAACUCAAGAAUAGAUUCAACAAAAAUGUCAAAAGAGUAACUGUCCUUGAUCCCGCUUACCCGUCAUUCUAUCCAAGUAGCUAUUUAUUACAACAUGUGAACGCGGGAGAUGCAGAGUUUGUGGAUGUUAUACACACUGACGCCGGUGGUUAUGGUGCACCGGUACCAACUGGGACGGCUGACUUUUGGCCGAACGGUGGCCGACGCGUACAACCUGGAUGUCCUAUAUUUGCCCCAAUACCACUCACCGAACCAAAUCUAUGCAGUCAUUGUAGAUCAUGGGAGUAUUACGCAGAAUCAGUGAGAAAUCCUGAAGCUUUUCCUGCUUCUCCUGCUUCGUCUUAUGUUAACUUCCAAUUCAAACAAAACCGUGCUCUGGGAAUGAUGUAUAUGGGAUAUGGCUGUGAUAAAAAUGCCCGGGGAAAUUAUUACUUAACAACGAAUCAUCAAGCACCAUUUGGAAGAGGACUUUACAGCAUGUAUUAA